UGUAUAGCUGACAGCGCGAAUGUCGUCUUGGUGGGACAAGUACCUGGCGCCAGGUGACAUUCGUCAAUAUCAUCAACCAUCUAGCAAGCAUGCGCCGAUAGAACAACCAGUCCAUGCAUCGCCAGACCCGUCGCAACGAAACACUCCCGUAAAGCGAGUCGACGCCGCAACCCGAGCACGAAGACAAAAUGGAUUAUUAUUAGGUGGAGUCGCGUUCACAUGUCUAUCAGCAUUCGUCACGAGGAGAGCGCUGGCGAAGAAGCAUCUUGCGGCAUAUCCCAAAUUUGUCAAGGCAGUGCCAGGCCAGGGACAGAAGAUGGAUGUCCCAACGUUUGCACCGUCAAAUACGCAGCCCAAGGCUGAAGGCGGUCUCGAUGCAGCGGAGGCGCUGUUUCUUGCUACCUUGAACGUCGCAUCAGUCUUCAUGCUGGGAACUGGAGCGUUCAUGAAGUACAACGACAUUGCGGAUGUGGAAGACAUGAGAAAUUGGGUCAGAGAGGGUGUCGGGUACGAUGUGUACGCAGGCGACUCAGAAGCAGAUAAAGAGAUUGAAACUUGGAUGGCUGAUGUGUUGAGCCGUAAAGAUGGUGUAGGAGAUCUGAAGACCUCCAUCGUUGAGAAGAUGGCAGAGCUGGCAGAGCUUGGCAAGAAGAAGUCGGUCAGUCAGGAGCUUGCAGAGCUUGAGAAAAAGAAGAAAGCAUUGGAGGCGCGCGAAAGGGCUUGAUGAUGCUCAACCAAGAUCUUUUCGCUCUUCGAUUUCGCUGGAAGGUCGGCGGUGGAAGGUUUAUGGGAAACAGCGUCUUAUGAGCGCCAUGAAUCCCUCGCACAUCAUCCUGUGGCCUCCCCAGAUUUGUGGCGAAGUAUACGAAAUGCCUUCCAUACCACCGACGCGACGUGUCCGUUGCGUUGGAGUCCUGGGAGCCAGGCUUGAGCAACUUCUCGCUGCUUUCAGCUCAAGGCGCAUGAGGAGUGUCCUCUCUCUUCUGUGAAUAGCAGCUCCGCUAUGUGAUAGAGGCACAGCUAGUGCAUGGGUGAUAGACGGCACAAUUCUGGACCCACGCUGAGCCCAGGACCAACGAACAAUGUUAUUGUUCGAGGCAAUGUGAUCCAUUCGCGAUCAAGUCAUGGAAAGGUCUCCUGGGAGUACAGAAAUGGUGAGAGGUAACGAUCAAUUUGUAACAAAUCUGUAGUAUAACUGUGGCCACCAUGCCCUGCAC